AUAGAUGAUACAAGUUCUGAAAUAACACAAAGAAUAAUUUAAUGAUCUUGAGCUCAUUUAAGCUCCUGCAUCGCCAUACCUUGGUGGAUGCAAAUAUAAGGAGAUCAUCGAAAUCUAUUGGAAAUGGUUGUUAAUGAUUUUGAGUGUGAAAUAUUUCGAGCGGGAUACAUCCAACUUUCAACUCAAUCUGAUGCUGUAGAAGUUGAAUCUAACACACAUGAAAGGGGAGAUCGUUGGCGUUUGUUGUUCCCUGAGGUUGUCCAAGAUACAAACAAUUCCAAUACAAUUCAAGUAUCACAUGAUCUCACAAACAACGGUCAAGUAAAAAAUGAUCAAGUGGACAAUCAUCAAAACUCAAGUUAUGUUGGUAGAAUUGUUGAGUCAUUCCCAUUAGAAAACAUUGAAAGGGCAAGAAGGCACAAUAGACAAAUCUCCAUUUUAUCAGAUUCUUCAACCGAGGACAUAAUUUUAAUAGACCAUAGUUUCAUGGUUAGAGGUGAACAAUCAAACACAAGUAAUGAAACUAUUUCUAUGGGAUCUUCUAAUUAUGUUCAUACAAAUUUGGAAAACAACUCGAGCUCAACAAGUAUCACAAACAUUUUUGGACAAGAGGAACUUGAACAUGAUGAAUUUGAACCUACAAAAUCAUCAUUAUCAUCAGAAGGUUCAUCCGAAUAUCCCAUGGAUAGACCAUCUAUCCAAGUGAUGUACAAAGAUGAUGAAAAAUACGAUCCACAACGAAUUCCAUCCUCGGUGUUUGAAAGAUGUGAUUCUCUUAUACCCGCGGAGUGGAGUGCUACAUCUAAUGAAUCAUUAUUCAGCAUUCAUAUCGGUAAUUCUAGUAUAGGAAGAGAACAAGCUCUUCUCUUAAGCGGAGAGCUGAAGAAUCACGUUGGAGUAUCUCCUAAACCACGAGAAGAAUUCGAGCUUGAAAACUUACAAGAGAUAAGAAAACUCGCAGGAUUAUCUAAGGCAAGUGAUGAUCAAGGUAUUGUAAGCACUUCAACAACAACUAAAGGGAAAGUUGAACAUGAGGAUAAAAAAACAGAUAAGAGAGUAACAAUUGAAACAGAUGAAGAAGCUACAAAAGGGAUUUCAACAAUGCAACUUAAGGAAGAAAAUAAACAUAAACAACAAAACAUCCAUUCAUCUAGCAUUUCCUUCCACUCUAACACAAGUGAAGAUAGCAAUUUUUCCUUUGCAUUCCCGGUAUUUGGCGAAGUGGGAAGAAAUUCUUUUAAAAAAGGGCAUCAUCAACAACAACUAGACAUAAACAACCAAUUCGCGUCUUCACCACCCGUGACAGCUAAAAAAAAAGGAAUUUUUUCUAUCAUCCGAAUUUUCUCAUGCAACUCUUGUCGAAAUUGCUCUUCUUGCUGCUCUUGUGUUUCUUGCUCAUCUUUCACGUCUUGUUUCACUUGUCCUUCCUGCUUCUCUCGUAUUACCUCGUGUUUCUCUCGUAUUACCUCGUGUUUCUCUUGUACCUCUUGCAAGACUUGUUGCGGUGCUUGUUAAGAAAAUGCUCAACCCGGCCUAACCCUCCUUCUCCACUUCUAAUUUACACAAUUUUUACUAAGGCAUUUUUAUAACUCUUUCUUUCUCUAUAUUAUAAUUAUGGUAGAUUUGUCGAA